AAUAACCACAUCAACACACACUUGAUUCAAUAAUAUAUAUAUCAUGGAGUCCAACCGCAAGCUCAGGGGGUUCAUCAAGGGGAAGUUGAUGCCAUUCUACAAGGCAACACCCAAGUCUGCUCCUCCCACGGUGCCAUACAGUAACAAUGUGAAGCCGCCGAGUCAUUCUUCAACGGCGUAUUUGGUUCAGCAGGACUAUCUGCAGAUUCCCCAGCCAAAGAAAAUGUCCUUUGUGGUGCCUGCAGCCGCAGCCGAUAAUGCCAACUGGGACAUGUUCAGCCAGUUUGACAAGUUGAGUGGAGGCGCUGCCGCAGAUGAAAGUGUUGAUGCCAAAGCCACCACUUACAUCUCUUCCGUUCAAGAGCGUUUCAAGCUUAGAACGAAUCAACUCUGAAAGAAUGAAGUUCCAAGAUGCUUAUCCUAACUAGGGAAUAGGGAGGCACAAAAAUUAUUUCAUCACAUCAUCUUUCGCUUACAUUCAAUUCCCUUAUGCUAUAUGUAUCCCUUCAUAUUAACAUGCAUUAUCUAAUUAAUUAAAUGCCUUUGG